GCCCGCCCAUCCCCCACCCGCCCGCCCACUCCCCACGCGCGCACACGCCGGGACCGUUGCCCCUGCGCGCGCCUCUCCCGCGCCGGCAGGGCCGCGGCAGCAUGAGCGGCUCCUCCUGACCGCCGGCCGCGCCGCGUCCCGUCGCGUCCCGUCCCGUCGCGUCCCGUGGCUUCCCCCGCCGCCGGGCCGGGCCCCGUCGGAUGUUGGCGUCCCCCCCGCGCCGAGGAUGCUGAAGAUGAAGCUGCCCCUGAAGCAGACGAGCCACAAGGCGGCGGCGGCGGCGGAAGAGGCGGCGGCAGCCGCCGCGGGGCUGGGGCUGAAGGAGCCCGGCGGUGCCCUGGACUGUCACCUCCAGCUGCAGCAGGUGCCCCGGGCGCCGGCCCGCGGGGGCGCCGCCGCGGGGAGGGGGUGCGGGCUGGAGAGGCCGAGCCAGCUGCACGGCUUGGGGCCGGGGCCGGGGCCUGGGCCCGGCCCGCCGCCGCCGCCCCCCCCCGCCGCGCUCACCGCUCCGGGCGGCGGUGGCGGGCCCGGCUCGGCGGCGGCUCGCACCGACAAGGAGACGGUCUACGAGUGGUUUGGGCUGGUGCUGGGCUCGGCGCAGCGGCUGGAGUUCAUGGUGGGGCUGCUGGACCUGUGCAACCCGCUGGAGCUGCGGUUCCUGGGCUCCUGCCUGGAAGACCUGGCCCGCAAGGACUACCACUGCCUCCGCGACUCGGAGGCGAAGGCCAACGGGCUCAGCGACCCCGGGCAGCUCGGCGACUUCCGCGACCCGGCCGUGCGCUCCAAGCUCAUCGUCUACCUGGCCCUGCUGGGCUCCGAGAACCGCGAGGCCGCCGGCCGCCUCCACCGCCUCCUGCCCCAGGUGGACUCCAUCCUGCAGAGCUGCCCGGCGCGGCGGCCCCAGGCGGGCGCUGCCGAGGAGGAGGGAGCGGAGGAGGAGGACGUGGUGGUGGUGAUGGACGGAGCGGGAGAAAACGGGCAGGCCGGCCUCCCCGCCGCCCAGGGCCUGGGCUUCGGCGCGCAGGAGGAGCUGCUCCUGCUCUUCACCAUGGCCUCGCUGCACCCGGCCUUUUCCUUCCACCAGCGGGUCACGCUGCGGGAGCACCUGGAGCGGCUGCGGAGGGCCUUGUGCGGGGACCAGGAGGAGGAGGGCUUCGGCCGCCACCAAGCCCAGAAUGACUUUUCCCAUAGUGACUGCAUGUCAAGUAAUGAGACCAGUUUGCUAGAACGAACCACAGCACCUCAUGAUGGACUACCGAUAGCUUCCCAUAGACCUCAGCGAGAAGCUGUACACAUUGAGAAGAUAACCCUGAAAGGAGUACCAAGAAAAAGGGCUGACAAACAUUUGGAGUACACAUUCAAAGUAACCUGGUCUGAUCUUUCGGUAACAUGUGUAACAAAAACACACCAGGAGCUUCAGGAAUUCCUGCUAAAACUCCCAAAGGAACUGUCUACUGAAGCAUUUGACAAGACUAUUUUAAGAGCACUAAAUCAGGGUUUUCAGAAGAGGGAAGAGCGAAGGCAUGCUGAUCUUGAGCCCGUAAUCAGGCAGCUAUUUUCAAAUACAUCGCAAGCUUUUCUUCAGAAUCAGAGAGUAUACAACUUCUUCCAAUCAAUUUCAUCAGAAUCUUUGCACACUCACAGUAACUUACAACCCUCUUUGAAGACGGUUAAGGCACCAGAACACUUCAAGGAGGACAGUUCAGAAGCUUCAAGUCAGGAGGAAGAUGUAAUGCAACACACAGCAGUUCACAAGAAACAUAAUGGAAAAAGUCCUGUUGCCAACAGCACUAGCAGUGCAAAAUGUUCUUCACUGGAUAGCCUUAACAUACAGCACUCUGAGCAAAAUGGGGUAAUGGACUGGAGAAGAAAAAGUUGUAUUGUCCAGCAGCACCCAGAGCACUGUACAAACCUACUUGACCAGCAUACAGCAGAAAAACGAAGUCUGUCUACAGUAAGCAAGAAGAAAGGAAAGCCACAGCUGGAAAAGGAGAAAGCAAAGAAAACUGACUGCCGGUUGAAUAACAGGACUAAUGGAGUUAGAGUUGCAACAUCACAGCACAUCCGUACAGGGACAGCAAAAGAUCUGAAUUUGGACGCUGGAUCUGGUCAUGAUACAUGUGGAGAAACAUCAUCUGAAAGUUACAGUUCUCCUUCUAGUCCACGACAUGAUGGGAGGGAAAGCUUUGAUAGUGAAGAAGAAAAAGACAGAGAUACAGACAGCAAUUCUGAGGACUCUGGGAAUCAGAAUACAGCCAGGUUUACAGGCUACAGUGCUGUCAGUUCAUCAAAUAUGAACAAAUCAUCUGCUCAGAUCUCUUCAGUGAAUAAUGAAAAUGGAAGCCUUUCAGAAGAUCCUUUGAAUGCAAAGUUUCAACAUAUUUCCUUCAUGCCUGCCUUACACUGUGUGAUGCACAGCGCUGCCCAAAAGCCUGAAGCAGUUGUCCCGCCACCCAUAUCUGCAGAUGGUAAAACAAUGGGAAUGCUUGUUACCACGCCUGUUGCUGUCUCGCCAGUGAGAGAGUCUGCAAAUUCACCUCCUGGUGGAAUGGGUCCAGUGACCUCUGGUGAACCCGAGAAACGCCUUGAGCUGAUGGCUUCCCCUUUGCCAGUCCCAUCCACUUUCCUUCCACAUUCUGUCCAGCCUGCUAGCCCUGCUUUGCAUUUGGCAAUACAUAGAUUGAAAAUGCCCUCUCCACAGGGAUCAUCAGAAAGUUGCACAGUUAAUGGACCACAGCAGCCGACAGGAAACUUAAGUAUUGGAUCACCAAAUACUGCCUUUAUCCCAGUCCACAAUCCAGGUAGUUUCCCAGGAUCCCCAGUUCCUACUACAGAUCCCAUCACAAAACCUGCAUCCCAGGUGGUAGGACUGAAUCAAAUGGUGCCUCACAUUGAGGGAAACCCAGGAGCAAUCCCUCAGCCUACCAAUCUAAAGGUAGUUCUUCCAGCAGCUGGUCUCUCCACAGCAGCACCGCCACCUCCACCAGCUUCAUACGCUUUGCCAGGCAGUCCUCAUGCUACCAGUGUGUUGCCCAACCAGAAUACAAAUGUGCUAAACACUGUAGCAACUUCCUCACCACCUCAGUCAGCUGGUUUAGGUGUUGGUCAGGUCCAGUCCACUGUUCCUCCUGCAAUACCUACACAUACGCCAGGCCCUGCCCCUAGCCCGAGCCCUGCUUUAACACACAGCACUGCACAGAGUGACAGCACAUCCUACAUAAACGCUGUUGGAAAUAAUAACACUAACGGGACAAUGUUACCUCCGCAGCAGUUGGGAUCUGGUCCUUGCGGUUCUUGCGGACGUAGGUGUAGUUGUGGGACCAAUGGAAGCCUUCAGAUUAAUAGCUAUUUUUAUCAUAACCCACUUCAUGGACAAGUCUACAGAGUUCCAUCUUUCUUCACUCUGCCAUCACUUUGCAAUGGCAGCUACCUCAAUCAAGCACAUCAAAGCAAUGGAACACAACUUCCUUUCUUCCUGCCUCAGUCUCCAUAUGCAAAUGGGCUUAUGCAUGACCCAGUGAUGGGGAGCCAAGCCAACUAUGGUAUGCAGCAGAUGGCAGGAUUUGGGAGGUUCUAUCCUGUAUAUCCAGCACCUAACGUAGUUGCCAACACAAAUGGGUCGGGACCCAAGAAGAAUGGGAACGUUUCAUGUUACAAUUGUGGUGUAAGUGGACACUAUGCGCAGGACUGUAAGCAGUCAUCCAUGGAGGCCAGUCAACAAGGCACUUACAGACUGAGAUACGCACCUCCCCCUCCCCCUUCCAAUGAUACCUUGGAUUCUGCAGACUGAAACAAGUAAACAUUGCCUACUUAAACUGAAGCUUGGGAAAUUGGGGGAAGGUGUGUGUGGGAGGGGGGGGUUGGUCUUGUGUUUUGGGACAUUCCCGGUUUUAUAUUCUUUUGGAAUUUUUCAUUGCUUUUGCACCUCUGUUCCAUACAAAUGAAGAAAGCUGAGUCCCUGAUCUCCUCCUGGUUCUACAAAAGGCUUGCGUAAUGCAUGUAAUUCAAACACACAGCCAAACAAUCAAAACGAGCAUUCGAACCAUGCUUUUGCACUGAAGACUUGAGACAUGUGCAAUGUUUACUGCAUUUUU